AGGGAUCGGCUAAUAUCCGCUGUAGCCACGACCCUUUCCUGUUAGCUAACGUUCAGCUUUCAUGUCACACCACAUUUAGCCUCACUCCUCUUUUACACAUUUAAUAAGUCUAUACUACUUCUUGGAUCAAACGCAAAGAUGGCAGAGGCCAUUCAAAAGAAGUUGAAAGCGGAAUUAGAAAAAUAUACACAGAUACAAAAAGAUGUUAGCAAGAGCAUGUCAGCCAGGCAGAAGCUUGAGACGCAGCUGACAGAGAACAACAUUGUCAAAGAGGAGCUGGAUCUGCUGGAAAACGCAAACAUAGUUUAUAAGCUUAUUGGCCCAGUAUUAGUGAAGCAGGACCUGGAUGAAGCGAAAGCCACCGUCACAAAGAGGCUGGAGUACAUCAACGGAGAGAUUCAAAGGUACGAGACGCUCCUGAAAGAGAUGGAAAAGAAAUCCGACCAGCAUCGAGAAGUCCUGUCCAGUUUGCAGCAGGAGUUUCAGAAAGCUCAGGGCAUGGCUGUCGGCAAAGUCUGACCAAGUCAUCUGGCUGCAUACACACACACACACACACACACACACACACACACAGAUAAAAGUAGAAGGGGUUAGUCAUAAUAUGAUGUAAGCCUUUAACAUAAGGCUGAUAAAAUUCUGCUUGUAUCUUGUCAGUGAUUUGCAGCAUUGUUACUGUGACUUCUCUCUUGUUACUAAUAAACGUGUUUUUCAUGAAAGCUCA